GCUAGCAGAACUUCACUCGUAAGCGCACACGCACACAAGUAGAGGAGCACGGCGGCUUCCAGCGCAUCUGGCUCCCACGGCGCAGCUACAUGAUGACGAGACGGCCAAGACACAGUGUGUACAGUAGUGAAGAGGACGAUGAGGAGGUGGAGACGUAUGACCAUGACUACGACGGCUCGCUGAGCAAAGGAGCCAAGCGACACCUGGGCAAGACCCGCUGGACGCGGGAAGAGGACGAUAAGCUGAAGAAGCUGGUGGAACACCAUGGCACUGAAGACUGGAAGGUGAUCGCCAGCUUUCUGCCUAACCGCUCUGAUGUGCAGUGUCAGCAUCGGUGGCAGAAGGUUCUGAACCCCGAACUGAUCAAGGGGCCGUGGACCAAGGAAGAGGACCAGAGGGUGAUUGAGCUGGUCCAGAAGUACGGCCCCAAGCGCUGGUCGGUGAUCGCCAAGCACCUGAAGGGCCGCAUCGGCAAGCAGUGCCGCGAGCGCUGGCACAACCACCUGAACCCGGAGGUGAAGAAGACCUCCUGGACGCAGGAGGAGGACCGCAUCAUCUACCAGGCGCACGAGAAGCUCGGCAACCGCUGGGCCGAGAUCGCAAAGCUGCUGCCGGGCAGGACGGACAAUGCCAUAAAGAACCACUGGAACUCUACCAUGCGGCGUAAGGUGGAGCAGGAGGGCUACCUGCAGGCGAGCGGCCCCAAACUCAGCCCCGUCUCCCUGGCCGGCUACCACAAGGCCCACCUCAUGGCCUACCCACACCACGCCCACAGCCACACGCACCACGCGCACCCCAACGCACACUCGCCGGUCAGCGGCCACCUGACAGCCUCCUCGCCCCUCAGCCCGGACUUCCCUUACUACAUCUCCGACUCCCAGCGGGGUCCGAUGCCAUUACUGAGCAUCCUGAACUUCCCCCAGCAUGGGACAGCUGCUAUCCAGAGACACUAUCAUGAUGAGGACCCAGAGAAAGAGAAGCGUGUGAAGGAGAUCGAGAUGCUUCUCAUGUCAACAGAAAACGAACUCAAAGCUCAGCAAGCCCUACCAAUUACCAGUUAUGUGUGGCAUCAUCGUAGUGAUGGUUCUCUGGCCGCUUCGCCGCUGGACCAUGGCUGCCUCCCGGAGGAGAGUGCCUCCAGCGCCAUCGCCCACGACGACCACGACCACCUGCCCGGCUUCAUCGAAGAGAUCGACUCGUUCUUCACGGCACCUGCAAGUGUGGAGAGUUCUGACGGUGACCCGACGCCCUCGGCCCUCUGCUCCCAGAAGCCUCUGCUGGCCACUCCACUACACCGCGACCACGCCCUCUCUGGCCAGAAAGAGAAUGACAUGUUCAGGACCCCUAACCUUAGACGUUCCAUCAUUGAGUCUUCUCCACGCACUCCUACCCCUUUCAAAACAGCACUUGCCCUCCCCGACAUCAAAUAUGCACCACUGAAAAUGAGUCACAGCCCCCCACUACAGGAGGAGGAGGGGGGGGACCGCAUCAAGCAGGAGCCCAUGGAGACAGAGGUCACUCCUGGGGGAGACCAGCACAGCCUGCCCCCCCUGAAGAAGAUCAAACAGGAGAUGGAGUCCGAGUGCGAGAGAAGCCAGUGUCUGCAGUGGGAGGGGCCUGAGCUGAAUACGGAACUCUUCCCCCCAAGUGGCUCCACCCACAGCGCACCUGACCUGUUGACCAGUUCUGUGCUGAUGCUACCUGGCUCUGCCAAAUCUGAAGAUGGACACAGGGCCUUCCACCUGCCCUGCAAGAACAUGGGCAACCCACUGCAGCUGAGCGUAUGGGAGCAGGUGGUCACUGGGAAGGUGGAGGAGCAGAUGCUGCCUUCCGAACACACACACCUACUCCACAACUCCUUCAACACACGCACGCUGGUGAUGUAGAUGAAGGAAGGGGGGGAGAUAGAUGUUAUGAGCGAAAGAAAGAGAAGAAGAAGGAGAGGGAAACACAAGAGAAACAGAGGUGAAGGACAGGAUCAACUAUAUAUAUAUAUUCCGUAUAUUCAAAGCCAGUGAACUUGAGAAACACUCCAUUGACAAGACUGUCUUUGUUUUUUUUGUUUUGUUUUUUGGUACAAAUUUGGGAGAAUUUUUUUAUACACUUGUUGGAUUUUUUCACAGCCAACCAAAGAUACUUGCGAUAUUACGUGUGUGUUCAUUUCUAUCACUUUGUCGUCCUUUAAUUUGUUUGUUAUUUUUGUUUGUUUGUUUGUUCAUUUUUUUAUCAUUGUGUUUUGUAUAUUUUGGGGGAAAAGACUUCUCAUGAUGGGCUCAGCCUGUGUUAUUAAUAUUAAUAUUAAUAUAAAGAUCAAUUAUAGUAAUAAUUUAUUGUUUUGUAAAGCAUAGGGGGAUGUGGGAAUAGAGAGAGAGCUAGAGUCUUGUCAGCAAUGUUUGACAUCAGUGUUACCGUGCUGCAGACUCACUAAUUAAUUACUCGUGCAUAAAGCAGGGGUGUGUGUGUGUGUGUGUGUGUGUGUGUGUGUGUGUGUGUGUGUGUGUGUGUGUGUGUGUGUGUGUGUGUGUGUGUGUGUUUACACUCCUUCAACAUGGGAAAUCACACUUGUAUGUGCGUGUGUGAAUGCGUGUGCCUGUGUGUGUGCCUGUGCAUGCAGAUUGUGCGUCCUUAAAGCAUUAUCACGAUUUUUUUCCUUUAAAUUUCUAAAACAAAAAAAUCUGGUAAUUUUGAAAAACCCUUAAGUAGUUUGCUAUGUGAGCGUUGAACCUAUGUAUUUCAGAAGGGCCACCUCUCAGGUGCAUUGCGGUCAGCUUUGCCCUAAAGCACUCCAAGCCAUUUACAAACACCGCUAACACCUGCCAUUUCAAGUUAUGUGGCUAACCGAUUGAUGGACGAUUGAUCACGUCAAUCGAUGAUCCACAUUGUCUUGGGCGGUGGUGGGCGGAUAUUUCAGGUUUACAUGACCUCUGUGAUUGGCUAAGACCUGUGUAAUGGCUGCCUUACCAAAGGCACCCUCCAGGGUCCCUUUUCAGGUCCAAAUGAUCUUCCAUAUUGUGAGUUUUCUUGUGGAUAUAGCUAUGGCAGCCAACUGUUUUCUAUGUAUAGCCGUAGUUAGCCAUUGCACAAAAGAAAAAAUGUUUUACCUGCAUUUAAAAGACAUAUUUUGAUAAUCAAAUGAACUGAUUUGCAGUGUCAUUUUCAUGGUGUCUUGAUAUUGACAAUCAAAGUGUUGAGUAGAGUCUCUUUAUAUGUGCAGCUCAACACAGUAGCACUCCAGCCCGACGAUUUCCAUUGAUGGGUCACCCCAAUGGGAUGUAGACAUUCCGGUAAAAGUGUUAACUUUUACAAAAGUAAAAUGUGUGUUUUAUAUACAAUACCUAAACAAGCUAAAUUGUGGUAUUAUACUUGUCUGGGUUGCCCUGUGAAUAUGUCCUUCACUGAACAAAAGCCCAAGUUUUGCUGUAAGGUAGCGCUGGUGGUCUAGCUGCAUUGGGCAAGUGAAUGACAAUGUCUCUAAGCAACACCAGGCAGAGCUUUAGUGUCAACAAAACACUGCACUUGAACUGAAAACAAUCAUUUCUAUACUAAAAAAAACAAAACAAAUUUGUGUUGCAUUUGUGACAGAGGUUUUACAACUCCUCAUUCUUUGUGUUAUGAUUUCAAAUAAGAACACUUUUCAGCAAAAAAAAUGACUGCUUUGUAUUAGUUGCCUUUUUUACAUGAAAAAAAGAACGAAUUUAUCAGCAUUCGAAGCAUUUUAUACUACAGCUGUUGACCAACAUUAACACUUUUAUAAAAUGUGUGUUUUUGUGCUGCCUUUUAUAUUGAAUCCAUUUCAGUUAGUGUUUUUUUAUACACGCCCUACAGUGGCAAGCCAAGUUUUGUUACGAAUCCUUUUUAUAAGUAAUUUCUUUUGUUUACUGCCUUUUGUAAAUAAA